AUGGCUCAAGAUCCCCGAGCAUUACUGCAGAAGGCCGACAAGGCCGCUCAAGGCGCCUCCGGUGGAUUCAGUCUGUUCGGCGGACGGGCAGAAAAAUGGGAGAACGCGGCGGACCUCUACACACAAGCCGCCAAUGCGUUUCGAGUACAGAAGCAGAACCUCGAAGCCGGGAAGGCCUUUGAGCAGGCCGCCUCGAUCCAACAGUCAAAACUCAACGAACCCGACGACAUGGCCAAUACCCUGACCGAAGCCUUCAAAGUCUACCGCAAAGAAUCUCCCCAAGAUGCCGCCCGCGUGCUCAGCACUGCCAUCCAGCACUACACGGCCAAGGGCAACUUCCGGCGUGCGGCCACGCACCAGCAGAACCUCGCCGAGGUGUACGAGAUGGAGAUCGGCGACCAGAAGAAGGCACUAGAGGCGUACGACACCGCGGCGCAGUGGUACGAAAGCGACAACGCCGAGGCGCUGGCCAACAAGCUGUACCUCAAGGUCGCGGACCUGGCGGCCCUGGAGGGCGACUACCAGAACGCCAUCACCAAGCUCGAGGCCGUGGCCAAGUCCAGCCUCAACAACAACCUCAUGCGCUGGAGUGUCAAAGACUAUUUCCUCAAGGCCGGCAUCUGCCACCUCGCCGCAGGUGACCAGGUCGCCACCAAGAGAGCGCUCGACCAGUACCGCGAGCUAGACGGCAGCUUCGCGAGCACACGGGAGAACAUGCUCCUGACGGACCUGGUGGCCUGCGUCGAGGAAGGGGAUCAGGAAGCCUUUUCGGACAAGUUGUUCCAGUUCGACUCGCUGAGCAAGCUGGACAAGUGGAAGACGACGCUGCUGUUGAGGGUGAAGAAUGCGAUCGAGAAGGAAGAGGAGGAUUUCUCAUAG